AGGAGUUAUGGUUUACCGAUUGUUCCUGAACCUGCUGAUGCACACCAGAGUUACCUGGGGAGAUUAUUAAAAAUACAGAUUCUUGGGCUCCACCCCCGGAGAUUGUGAAUCAUUGCUCCCCAAGCAGGGAGAAGAAAAGAGCUCGCUGGGAGGAAGAAAAAGACAGAUGGAGUGACAGUCAGAACUCUGGCAAAGAGAAGAACUAUACCUCAAUCAAGGAAAAAGAGCCAGAAGAGACACUGCCUGACAAAAACGAGGAGGAGGAAGAAGAGCUCCUUAAACCUGUGUGGAUUCGAUGUACCCAUUCAGAAAACUACUACUCCAGCGAUCCUAUGGAUCAGGUGGGAGAUUCUACUGUAGUUGGAACAAGUAGGCUCCGUGACUUGUAUGACAAAUUUGAGGAAGAGUUGGGGAGCAGGCAAGAAAAGGCCAAGGCCGCUAGGCCUCCAUGGGAACCUCCAAAGACGAAGCUAGAUGAAGAUUUAGAGAGCUCCAGUGAAUCUGAAUGUGAGUCUGAUGAGGACAGCACCUGUUCUAGUAGCUCAGACUCGGAAGUUUUUGAUGUCAUCGCAGAAAUUAAACGCAAAAAGGCCCACCCUGACCGACUUCAUGAUGAACUUUGGUACAACGACCCAGGCCAGAUGAAUGACGGACCACUCUGCAAAUGCAGUGCAAAAGCGAGACGCACAGGAAUUCGACAUAGCAUUUAUCCUGGAGAAGAGGCCAUCAAGCCCUGUCGUCCUAUGACCAACAAUGCUGGCAGACUUUUCCACUAUAGGAUUACAGUCUCCCCUCCAACGAACUUUUUAACUGACAGGCCAACUGUUAUAGAAUAUGAUGAUCAUGAAUAUAUCUUUGAAGGAUUUUCUAUGUUUGCACAUGCCCCCCUGACCAAUAUUCCACUGUGUAAAGUAAUUAGAUUCAACAUAGACUACACGAUUCAUUUCAUUGAAGAGAUGAUGCCUGAGGUAAGGGAAAAAAUUACUUAACAGCUUGAUGUAGUUUGCUCUUUUGUUUAUUCCACACUUGAAAAAAAAAAAAGAAGAGGCAUAAAACUUGGUCAGCUCUGGCUUUUGCACAGGAUUAUCAUGUGAUUUUUGAAAGGCUUUU